CACACACAGCAAUUUCCUGAUUUCAUCAAAAGCAAAAGCGGAAAAGAUUACACCCCAUAACCAAAAAAGCAACCCCAAAAAGCCGAGAAACACAUUGAAAAUUAGAGUAAGGAAACAUGCAUAUACACGCAAGAUUCCAUGAUAAUAUAUACAUACUUUGCCCCAUGCAGUCUCACUCUUCUUCACCCCCAAGACCUUCUUGGUUUCCCACACCAUGUCAGAAAUCGUUGUUGCAGAACCCACAAAUGAUGAGCAAAAUGUUGCAAGCACCAGCAGUAGAAGAGCUUAUACCACUACAGACAAAAGGCCCUUCACAAGAUCACUUACUUCAGGGCGUGAGCAUGUUCCAGAACCCUUUGACAGUGAAAAGCUGCCCGUCACUUUGGUCUCUGAGAUUCAAAGAUUUCUUCGUGUGGCCAAUCAGAUAGAGAUUGAUGAGCCGCGGGUUGCUUAUCUGUGCCGGUUUCAUGCCUUUGAAGUAGCACAUAACUUAGACAGAAACUCAAGUGGUCGGGGGGUUCGGCAGUUCAAAACUUCUCUUCUUCAGCGGCUUGAACAGGAUGAAGAAGUUACAAUUAGAAAAAGGAGGGAAAAGAGUGAUUUACGUGAACUGCGACGCGUAUAUCGGCAGUACAAAGACUACAUCAUCAAACAUGGUGGAGAAUACACUCUGGAAACUAGAGAGAAGUUGAUCAAAGCACGUGCCAUUGCAUCUGUUUUAUUUGAAGUAUUAAACACAGUCACUUCUGCAGCAGGUUUCCAGGCCCUUGCUGAGGCUGACCCUUCAAGAUCUGAAUUCUAUGUGCCUUAUAACAUUCUUCCUCUUGAUCAAGGAGGUGUUCAUCAUGCAAUAAUGCAACUUCCUGAGAUCAAAUCUGCAAUUGCUGCUGUCCGCAAUGUUCGAGGUUUGCCUUUCUUGGAAGAUUUUAGAAGGCGAGUUCCACAUAUGGAUCUGUUUGAUUGGCUUCAGUUAUGCUUUGGAUUUCAGAAUGGAAAUGUCGCCAACCAGAGGGAACAUUUAAUUCUUCUACUUGCCAAUGCCCAUAUUCGACAAAUUCAAAAGAAAGCGCCACAGUUAGGGGAUGGAGCUGUGGAUGAACUGAUGAAGAAAUUCUUCAAAAACUAUACAGAGUGGUGCAAGUUUCUGGACAGAAAAAGCAGCAUAAGGUUGCCAUAUUUAAAACAGGAAGCCCAACAAUAUAAACUUCUGUAUAUAGCACUUUAUCUUUUAAUAUGGGGAGAAGCAGCAAACUUAAGGUUUAUGCCAGAAUGUCUCUGUUAUAUAUUUCACCAUAUGGCAAGCGAAUUGCAUGGGAUGUUGAGUGGUGCAGUAAGUUUGACAACUGGAGAAAGAGUCAUGCCCGCAUAUGGAGGAGGAUCGGAGGCUUUCCUAAGCCAUGUAGUUUCUCCAAUAUAUGAGGUUAUACAUCAGGAAGCUAUGAAAAACAGAAAUGGAACAACUGAUCAUUCAACAUGGAGGAACUAUGAUGACUUGAAUGAAUUUUUCUGGUCUCCGAAUUGCUUCCAGAUAGGUUGGCCCAUGCGUCUGGAUCAUGAUUUCUUUUGCGUAGACCCCUCAAAUGAUGGUAAAAAGAAGAAAUCUCGAAAAUCAGUGAAGACUCGUGACGAAGAGAAAAGUGAUAACAAUGAAGAUGAAGAAAUUGGAGCAACUGCAGAUGAAAAUAGGGAACCAAAGUGGUUAGGGAAGACAAAUUUUGCAGAGAUCCGUUCCUUUUGGCAAAUUUUCAGAAGUUUUGAUAGAAUGUGGAGCUUCCUUGUUUUAGCCCUUCAGGCGAUGAUAAUAAUGGCAUCCCAUGAGUUGGAAUCCCCUUUCCAAGUGUUUGAGAAGACAAUACUUGAGGAUGUUAUGAGCAUUUUUAUCACGUCAGCUGUACUUAAACUCAUCCAAGCUGUUCUUGACGUUUCCUUCACAUGGAAAGCUAGAUCCACAAUGGACUCUGCUCAUCGUCGAAAAGAUGUGCUGAAGAUAGUGGGGGCAAUGAUAUGGACCAUUGUUCUUCCUAUAUAUUAUUCUAGUUCUAGAAGAAAGUACACCUGUUAUUCUGCACAAGAUGGCAGCUGGCUUAGAGAGUGGUGCUACUCUUCCUACAUGGUAGCAGUUGGAUUUUACUUGAUUAGCAAUGCUGUCAAUAUGGUCCUCUUUCUUGUACCUGCAGUUGGAAAAUAUAUUGAGACAUCCAAUACUCGAAUAUGUACAGUCUUGUCUUGGUGGACACAGCCUAGAUUAUACAUUGGAAGAGGGAUGCAAGAGAGCCAAGUAUCUCUCCUGAAGUACACAUUAUUUUGGGUGUUGUUACUACUAAGUAAAUUUUCAUUCAGCUAUACAUUUGAGAUAAAACCACUUAUAGCACCAACAAGACAAAUCAUGAGAAUUGGGGUUAAAAACUACGACUGGCAUGAGCUCUUCCCUAAAGUCAAGAGCAAUGCUGGCGCCAUUGCAGCUAUUUGGUCUCCUAUCAUCCUUGUAUAUUUCAUGGAUGCACAAAUAUGGUAUUCUGUUUACUGCUCUGUCUUUGGUGGAGUUUAUGGAAUUUUGCACCAUCUUGGUGAAAUUCGUACGCAGGGAAUGUUGAGAAGUAAAUUUGCCACUUUGCCCUCGUCAGUCAAUGAUUGCCUUCUAGCACCGCAAGCCAAAGAUAAUAAAGAAGGAAUAAAAAAUUGGCUUUGGCACCCAGGGCUUCUGAAGGUUUUAGAAAACAAGAAGGGUGGAGUUCUGAAGUUUGCCCUUGUUUGGAACCAAAUCAUAAGUAGCUUUCGUGAGGAGGACCUGAUAAGCAACAGGGAAAUGGAUUUGAUGAAAAUGCCUAUAUCAUCUGAAUUAAUUUCUAAUCAAGUCCGUUGGCCAGUUUUUCUCUUAGCAAAUAAGUUUUCAACAGCUCUUACUAUGGCUAGAGAUUUUGUGGGGAAAAAUGACAAUCUCCUGAAAAAGAUCAGAAAGGAUAACUAUAUGUACUUGGUUGUUAAUGAAUGUUAUGAAUCACUUAAGUACAUUUUGGAUAUCCUUGUGGUUGGUGACCUGGAGAGAAGAAUUGUAUCUGGCAUAUUCGAUGAAAUUGAGGAAAGCAUUAGAAAAUCAUCACUCCUCAAGGAUGUACGUUUGAGCAAAUUACCAGUUCUACACGCUAAAUGCACUAAUUUGGUCGAGCUUCUGGAUGAGGGUAAUGAAGAUCAUCAUUAUGAAGUAGUGAAGACGCUUCAAGACAUCUUUGAGCUUGUGACAAAUGAUCUGCUCGUAAAUGGUUCCAGAACACUGGAUUUGCUCCACGCACACCAGCAACUAGAUGGAGAUGAGAUUGAGUUCUUCAGCCAUUUUGAGCCAGAAUUAUUUGCUUCAAGACAUUCCCUUCAUUUCCCCUUGCCAGAUUCUGGUCCGUUGGUAGAGAAGAUUAAGCGUUUUCAUUUGUUGCUCACUGUCAAAGAUAAAGCGAUGUAUAUACCCAAAAACCUGGAAGCUCAGAGACGGAUUUCAUUUUUUGCUACAUCUCUCUUUAUGAAUAUGCCUAGAGCUCCCAAAGUGCGCAAUAUGUUGUCAUUCAGUGUUUUAACUCCGCACUACAUGGAAGAAGUCAAGUUCUCAAAGAAGGAGCUUCAUUCAAGCAAAGAAGAGGUUUCCAUUGGCUUUUAUAUGCAAAAAAUAUUUCCAGAUGAUUGGGAUAAUUUUCUGGAGCGCCUGGGUAGUGAAAAAGUAGAUGACUCCAAUGAUGACAUCAAUGAGGAAGCUCUGAGAGAUUGGGCUUCUUUCCGAGGUCAAACUCUUAGCAGGACUGUCAGAGGAAUGAUGUAUUACCGGAAGGCCCUAAAAUUACAGGCUUUUCUUGACAUGGCUGAGGAUGAUGAUAUUCUUCAAAACUACGACGCCAUUGAUAGGGCAAAUGAUACAUUAUCAGCACAACUUGAUGCCUUAGUCGACAUGAAGUUUACUCAUGUUGUUUCAUGUCAAAUGUAUGGAUCCCAAAAAUCCUCUGGAGACCCUCAGGCACAAGACAUACUUGACUUGAUGAUAAGGUAUCCCGCUUUGCGUGUUGCCUAUGUUGAGGAGAAAGAAGAGAUUGUUGCGGAUAGACCUCCAAAAGUUUAUUCUUCUAUUCUUGUCAAAGCUGUCAAUGGUUUUGACCAGGAGAUCUACAGAAUAAAGCUCCCUGGGCCACCAAAUAUUGGAGAAGGAAAACCUGAAAAUCAAAAUCAUGCAAUAAUUUUCACGCGUGGUGAAGCUCUUCAAGCAAUUGAUAUGAACCAAGAUAAUUAUCUAGAGGAAGCUCUCAAGAUGAGAAAUCUAUUGCAAGAAUUUCUACGAGUUCAAAGGAGGAACCCUCCCACUAUACUUGGCAUGAGAGAACACAUAUUCACAGGAAGUGUUUCUUCUUUGGCGUGGUUCAUGUCCUAUCAAGAGACCAGCUUUGUGACAAUUGGACAAAGACUUCUGGCAAAUCCACUCAGGGUUAGAUUUCAUUAUGGACAUCCAGAUUUAUUUGACAGGAUAUUUCACUUGACUAGAGGUGGCAUAAGCAAGGCAUCAAAGACAAUAAAUUUAAGUGAAGAUGUAUUUGCAGGAUUCAACACUACACUACGGAGGGGGUAUGUUACGUAUCACGAGUACAUGCAAGUUGGCAAAGGCCGUGAUGUUGGACUAAACCAAAUUUCAAAGUUUGAAGCAAAAGUGGCAAACGGGAACAGUGAGCAAACUCUCAGCCGAGAUAUAUACCGCCUUGGACGUCGAUUUGACUUUUUCCGGAUGCUUUCUUUUUAUUUCACGACCAUUGGCUUUUAUUUUAACAGCCUGAUAUCUGUUAUUGGAGUCUAUGUAUUCCUCUAUGGACAGCUUUACCUCGUCCUCAGCGGUCUUCAUAAAGCACUGCUUUUGGAGGCCAAGGUUAAAGAUAUAAAAUCUCUGGAAACGGCAUUGGCUUCUCAAUCAUUUAUACAGCUCGGGCUCUUAACAGGUCUGCCAAUGGUUAUAGAGAUAGGACUUGAGAAAGGAUUCCUCAACGCCCUGAAAGAUUUUGUUCUCAUGCAACUACAGCUGGCUGCUGUUUUCUUUACUUUCUCUUACGGAACAAAAUCUCAUUAUUACGGGCGUACGAUUCUUCAUGGGGGUGCCAAAUAUCGACCCACAGGGCGUAAGGUGGUGAUCUUUCAUUCCAGCUUCACGGAGAACUAUAGACUGUACUCACGGAGUCACUUUGUGAAAGGAUUCGAGCUUAUGCUCCUGCUAAUUGUUUAUGAUUUGUUUAGACGGUCAUACCAGAGCAGCAUGGCAUAUGUGUUGAUAACAUAUGCAAUUUGGUUCAUGUCAAUGACUUGGCUCUUCGCACCAUUUCUGUUUAAUCCGUCUGGAUUCAACUGGGGCAAGAUCGUCGAUGACUGGAAAGACUGGAACAAAUGGAUCAAGCAUCAGAAUCGAUUUUUCCUUUACCAAUAUGGUUUAGUCUAUCACCUCGAUAUAUCUGGACAGAACAAGAACUUCAUCGUCUAUGUGCUCUCAUGGGUUGUUAUUGUCGUGAUCUUUCUCUUGCUCAAGAUCGUGAACCUGGGGAGGCAAUACCUCAGUGCCGAUCACCAUCUGGCGUUCCGUCUGUUCAAAGCCUUCCUUUUCCUUGGCGUUUUAGCGACAAUCAUAACUCUGUCAGUCAUCUGUCAUCUAUCCCUGAGGGAUCUGAUUGUCUGCUGUCUGGCAUUUCUCCCUACCGGCUGGGGCCUGAUACUGGUUGCACAAACUCUGAGGCCUAAGAUUGAGAAUACCGGACUAUGGCACUUCGCUUGGGUGUUUGCACGUGCUUACGACUAUGGCAUGGGCGUCGUUCUUUUUGCGCCUAUAGCCAUCUUAGCGUGGCUGCCUAUAAUUUCAGCUUUCCAAACUCGUUUCCUCUUCAACGAUGCAGAUUCAGCCAAUUCUUGCUGGAAAGAAGAAACACAGAUCAUGAUUGUGCACGUAGUGUUUUUGUACAUGUUAUACAAGGAAGUUACAUUCUUAUACUGCCAGAAAAAUUCAUGUUAG